AUGCGCGGGUGCGCGCGUCGGGCGUGGUCGAUGCGGCACGGGCGCGGCCAGGGCGUGGCCACGGUGGGGCGGCAAGCCACGACACGCUGGGCUGCGGGCGCGCACGGCUGUGAGGCGGUUGCGGGCACGCACGGGGCGCGGGCACGACAUGGUACCGGCGAAAACGGCGAUAGCACUCCCAAGGAUUUCAAGGAAUGUGUCAGCCAAGAGCAACUACAAGCUACCGUAGAGAAGGUUCAAGACGGGAUGAACGAGGCAAUCAAGAAGGCUGUUACUGAUGCGCUCAUUGAACUCAACCUCGGCAACAGCAUCGAGCGGUUGGACAAACGGAUAUCCACGUUAACUGAUAGGGUUACCGAGUUGGAAACCCGUUUAACAACCAACAACGACGACGUGUCCGGCAGCAACACCAGUGGACAAAUGCCAGAAGACACGGUGUAUGAUGCUAAUGGGAACAUAGAUCAAGCAGCUACACGACAAGCAAGAUUGCGCCAACGUCUUCGCCGUAACACUCAAGGUAUGGGUAGUACAGUUAAUCAACAUCGCCAUCAAGGUAAUAAUAAUCAUGCUCCUGAUGAUCCUUAUGCUAAGAUUAAGUUAACAGUACCAAAUUUUUCGGGUCGUUAUGAUGCCGAGGGUUACCUUGAUUGGGAGAUGACGUUAGAACAGAAGUUUAAUUCCCACCUUGUUCCUGAGCAACAUAGAGUUCGACCAGCUACUAGUGAGUUUAAGGACUUUGCUAUUAUUUGGUGGAAUGGGCUAGCUGGACAGGGUGCUUUACCUGAUACAUGGGAACGACUUAAGGUAGCUAUGCGUGAUCGUUUUGUUCCUCCUUCGUAUCAUAGAGAUUUGCGUAACAAACUGCAGUGUUUAGAACAAGGAGAAAAAUCUGUACAAGAUUACUAUGCUGAGCUUCAAAAGGGUUUGAUGCGUUGUGGUAUAGUGGAGGGGCUUGAGGAUUCUAUUUGUCGUUUUUAUUCGGGUUUGAGGCGUGAUUUUCAGGACAUUGUUGAUUAUAAAGAAUUUCAUACUGUCAACCAGUUGUUCCAGUUUGCUAUGCUUGCAGAGAAGGAAUUGCAGGGACGUGAGCAGCGGAACAAGAGCAACGUCCACGCCUCCUACACGCCACGCACGACGGCUCCUUCGAGGCUGCCUAAGCCAUCCUCUUUUCGGGUGCCCCUAACAGCGGACCAGCAAGCUUCUGCCUCAGCCAGUCGUGUUACUACAACACCUACACCACCUUCUGCACGUCCUACAUAUUCAGGUAAAAAUUCUUUGCAGGUUCCCGCCAAUAGUGCUUCGUCCGUCGCCUCGACGGGACGCACUUCCAGCAUUCAGUGCCAUCGCUGCCAAGGACGUGGCCAUAUGCAGAAGGAUUGCCCAAGUCAGCGGGCAUAUGUGGCAACCGAAGAUGGAGGUUAUAUCAGCACCUCCGAUGUGGAGGAUGAUGCUAAUGAUGAUGAUGCCGCCACCGAUGACGAUAAUGAGGGUCAUGUCCUUGGGGGCGCCGAUACUUCAGGCUACAUGAACAUUAUUGUUCAGCGUGUGCUCAACACACAAAUUCAGCAACCUGAGAAGCUACAACGCCACAAUUUGUUUCAGAUUUUCUUCAUUAUCAAGAACGGACGAGCACGUGUUAUCAUUGAUGGAGGAAGUUGCAACAAUUUGGAGUUUGAGGACAUUUUCCCAGCUGAGAUACCCCCGGGGCUGCCACCUAUGAGAGGGAUAGAGCAUCAAAUUGAUUUGAUUCUGGGUGCAACUUUGCCAAAUCGUGCUGCCUAUCGAACCAACCUCGAGGAGACCAACGAAAUUCAGCGACAAGUCCAAGACCUUUUGGACCGCGGAUUUGUGGUGGUUUAUUUUGAUGAUAUCUUGAUUUACAGCAAGUCUUUGGAUGAACAUAUGGACCAUUUACGUGAUGUUUUUAAUGCUUUAAGGGAUGCACAUUUGUUUGGUUUCUACCGCCGCUUCGUCAAGGAUUUUAACACCAUUGCUGCACCACUGCAUGAGUUGACGAAGAAGGGUGUGGCAUUCCAUUGGGGGAAGGCACAAGAGGAGUCCUUUGGCACCUUGAAGGACAAGCUUACGCACGCACCAUUGCUGCAACUUCCUAACUUUGGUAAGACUUUUGAGCUAGAAUGUGAUGCUAGUGGAGUCGGCAUUGGUGGUGUUUUGAUGCAAGAUGGCAAGGAUUAG